ACAGGUGCAUCCUUGAUUUGUGAUGAAAUGUCGCAGUUGGGAUCGGCUGUGCCCUCACCCAACUUAGCCGAGGGCCUCCCGGUGUCCAGUUUGGCGCUGUUGAUCCUGGUACUGAUCCCCUGCGUGGUUCUGCUGCUGCUCAUCAACUGUUUGUUUGUGGGCUACAAGUUGUUUUUGUUGACCCGGAGGAAGAGAGAGCGCUGCGGGUCCGAGAUCUCGCUCAUGCACUCAUCUCUAUCCACCCGCCACAGGGUCACGCGCUUCUCUGACGAACCUCUGUUCGCUCCGCACAGGAAGACCAACUUUGUUUCUGUUUCGGAACCGAUGUUGGCGCCGCCGAUCACGUCGUCGUUGACCUCCUCGGCGGAGAGAAGGGCGGCCGGACAGCGCGGCAGGUUUCCACGCCCGGACGGGGCCACGUACCCCGGGUCUCGUCCACUGCGCGUGCCAAGCUGGAGGAAAAGCGCCCCGGUUCUGCUGCAGUCCAGUGAUUCGGAAACGGAGCGAAUAAACACGGUGCCACCGAACUCACCCGCACUUCAUGAGACACCAAACGGGUUCUCCGUUCCAAUGGUUUCCAUGCGUCGAAGCAGCACCAUGGAUCUGGAGAGUCAUAAUCUGGAUAAGAUCCGUGUGGAGUGUGAGACGGCCAGCAGCAUCCCGCCAGAGAACUCCUGUUACGUGCCUUCAUCCAGCCCUUCUGCUGGAGGCCCAGGACUGGACAGUGACUUCGGAGCCAGUGCAGGUGUGUCUCUACGUAUCCUUUCCAUGGACAGCGAUGGAUUUCAAUGCUCGGCCUGGGCGUCCCCUCUGGAAUGGGAUUACUACGACCCAAGUUACGUCACUCAGAACCACGUUCCCAAACACAGACACCACGCACCCCCUAUCACUACCAAACAGUACUGGGUCUAGAAUUCGUUCCAUGGAGAGCUCUUAAACAUGGCUCAAUUCAGCUAUUCUGUCUCUAGAACUUUAACUGAGCCAAGUCUGGGUUUAUGCACUCGUUCACUUGCUGUUUUAACUGCAACUCGUCACUUCAAAUCACAAAUAGGUAGAAAAGGUUCACUUCGAAAACCGUAGUGUUUUGCUCGCACAAAUGUAUUUAUACACAAUCACUCCAAUUUUGUUUCACUUUAGAGAUCUUUGACCACAUUAUGUUUUGUGCAUAUUUAAAGUGUUUCACAUUUAAUGUUUGUUCAUUUUACAUGUUUUGUGUCACAAUUGGUUCUCAGUUGGUGAGGUCCACAGAAAAGGCUGUUUUGUCAAGUUUUUUUUUUUAACACCCUACACAUUGUAUUAAUAUAAUGUAUUUGGAUGUGUCUGAAUUGAAUAAAGAUUUUAUUACAA